AUGGGGAACAUUAGUAGUGAAAUUAUUUUUGUGAUAAUCAUGCCACGAGCCGCCACCAAGAAGCAAUCCGAGAAAUUUAAUCCCUUCGACCCUAAAGUAUCUCCUGUUCAGUUGCUCGAAUUUUUGCGGUUCAGGGCCGCGCCGAUUGAACUGGUGGACACCAAUGUUGAUACACCUGUAGCCGUGCUACAAGCCUUAGCCGCAAAAUUCAGUGAUCCCAUCUUGGCUUCCCAUGCUACGUCAGCCGCUGGCCGGAAAGAAUCAGCGCAAGGACCACGCAACCGCCCCACCGGAGGGCCCGCCGCCGCUGGCCAGAAAGAAACCUCCCAAAGACCAUACCCCUCUCGUAACCGUAACGCCGCUGGCCGGAAAGAAUCAUCUCAAGGACCAUGGGACGGUCCUUCCGGUUCCGGAUCGACUCAGGCUAAACUAGAUCAUCCCUCCUCUGGGCAAUCCAAACCCGUAGGCGAAGGAAGUAAACCAGAAACUAUUGAGAAGACCGAUGAGGAACCGUGCCUCAGUAGCGAACUGUCGGCGAUUGCAUCUGAUGAUGAUGUCAGCGAGAGCGCGAGUUCAACGGACGUUGGUUUGGUCGCAAAAGCCGGUGUUCAUCCAUGUGACGGCUCUCGAAAACCAAAGAAGGCCAAAAACGUUCAACCCGCUCAUCAACCAUUGCGCACAACCCGAAAAGCCGACGCAGUUCUUGAUCAACAUGGCGCCCACGGAGAUGCAGUUGCUUCGGCGGUUAUCAACCAUUCGGACAGUGAGACGAGUUCGAGGAAACAUCGCCAUUCACAAUCAGCCAGUGUCCAACCACGUGACGGGCCUGGGCCUCGAAAGCCAAAGAAGACUAAAAAGCUCCAGAUUCCUCGAACAUUGCGCACCAAACAUUCAGCCAGCGCAGCUGUCAUUCAAAAAAGCGCUGAAGGACCAGUGAACAAGAAAGUGCGCCUGGUUUCCCCAAUUGGUGUCGAUUUUUUAUCCGAAACCGAGUCCUCAGCCUUGAUCACGUUUGAGCCGGACGAUCUCAUGAUGAAAACUUUUGCGGAAAAAAAGAUGUCCGAAUGGCCACCUUUACUCCCAUUCGUAGAGAAAACCUCAUCCGAUUACAAGAAUAAUAACCCCGCGCAAGGAGCUGUUCCAGACACAUCCAAAAACAACGCUUUAGAUUCCUUUCUUCGUUGCGAGAUAAAAGAGCAGGAAGAACUUUUCUCACGGCUUGUUGUUCAAUCGGAAGAAACGGUGAAUAUGACAGUGAUGGAGGUCAUGGAUACCUUAAAUCAGAAUAUACUAAAUUCACCCAAGAGUCCCAAAAAAGAUCCGGCUCAGUGCGCACCGCUUGAAGAUUUAGAUGAAGACGCUUGGCUCGAAAAACUCUUCAUUGCCGGCCUUCUGACUCCACCCUCACCCCAGCCGAGAAGCCCUAUUCAGAUGCCGACCGCAUCUUCAUCAGAUCCCGACGAAGAGGAUGAAUUGGCUGACACCCCCAGUCCUCCCAAAGUGGACGAUCGGAAAAAUGAAUUCAAAGUUCAGGCUCUACCACUUGAGGACCAAGUCCCGAACAAAAACGGUGAAAUCGGGUCAGUCAGGAAUUUGCCGUGGCUGUUCCAAUCGCCGGAGCCUGAAUACCAGUGUUGUUUCAAAAGUGAUCCUUUUGAAGAAAUCUACCAACAAUAUCGAGGUCAAAACUGCCCCACUCCCAUGCUGGAAAUCAAGCCCUCAGUCACUCUUUCUGCAAGCAACAGCGAAACUGAGAACAUUGUCCCUGGUCCAUCUGGCCGCAAUCGAGAACUUUUUGGUACAGUUUCAAUAAGCAGCAACAGCCGUCAAUCAAUGUCACCACAUUAUCGGCCAAACCGCGAAUGGCAUCAGCCAUACAAUACAAGAGCAAGAAGUGUGCCUUCCGGAUUGUAA